AUGCUGAUUGCUUCAAUAGGAAAGAAUAAGAAAAGAACCAAAAUCGACAACAUUAAACAGAAUAGAGAAAGUAAACAAAAUGGGUGCAUUGCUAAGUAUGGUAAAAAGUUCUUAAUUGGAUAUCAAGAAGGUAAAGAAUAUCACUUGGGAGCUAUGAAUGGCGAUAUGCAACUCACAAACAAAUUUGAAGUUGUCACAGAUGUUACGGGUUGGGGUGAUAGAGAUGACUCUUUCAGAAAACUCCAAAAUGGAGAUUUUUUUGGGUUAGAGCACCACAAAAAAAUAAAGGAGAUAAACUUGUGA